UCUCUGGUUCUUGGCGGUUCCCCUUCAGGCACUUCCUUCUUUCUAAGGGACUUUACUUGCUUUUGAAGGAGGGUCCUACUUUGUAGCCAAUGUUGGCCUGGAAUUCAGCAAUCUGCCUCCCUCUACCUCUCCAGGGCUGGGAUUAAAGGCCUGAGCUAUCAUGCCUGGCUCCCUCCCUAAGAGACAUUAACACACUGUAUUUCCACAGAAUAUGUGGCAAAGCUUUAGAGACUGUGUUCCUGACGGAAUUAGCUGGAAGUUAAUUUUCAUCAAAGUUUCACUAUUGAUGAAAAUGACCGAAGUUGAAAGGUUGUCAAGAGGAAAGAUUAAACCGUUUUUGUGUUUCCUCCUAGUUUUAUCUACACGGUGAAAUAUUACUGUCAGGAGACCUCAGCAUCAUGGACAGUAAUUUUAAUGCCUUGAACAACUUGUCUCUGGACAGUUUCCUCGGGGGAGCCAAGGAUUAGAGUAAGUGAGGCCAGGGUCCUUUCUGACUGGGUAUUUCAUGAUACCCUGAAUUGUCUUCCGCCUGAUAGGAGUUUGAAAUGAAGGGCACUAUGAAAGUUCUGGUCUUGCAUCCUAAAGAGCUAUACACAUUCUGAUUACACCGUUGAGUGCCAGUUCCCUAAUUUAGGUUCCACUGUCACUCUAGCAAGCAUCUGAUUUGUAUGGCUCCUUGCACCCAGAACUUUCCACACUUGUUAUCUAAUUUCCCUUCUCCAAGGCUGACAGUAUUUCCUGCUGAAAAUAGAUAAAUAAAUAAAAGGGCUUUGAAGUCUUUGCUACCCACUUUCUUUUUAUUUUGAAACAUAGUUUCGAAAUCAUCUACUUAACGAACCGUGUGAGUCACAUGCCUGCCUGAGUUUCUGAAAGAAUCAACUCUUUGUAUUUACUCAGAGCUGAGACACUGGUGUGUGAACUGGAAACUUUGGGCCUUUUGGAGGAACACACUGGAUGACUUUGAACUGUAGGUGGAGCUCCCAGAGAGGCGUUGAUAGAUAGGGGUCCCGUGCAGACAGCCACAUGGAUGCUCCUGAGGCAGACCACAGGUCUAUGUUACUGUGUUGAUCUAGUCCACCUCCAGUCUGUCGCCUCCUUGACUUCUCAGCGGUGCAAAGAUACUUCUGGAAAUGAACCUGCCCCAAAAGGAAGUUGCAUUUUCAUACUGAAUGAAAAGUUAUCAAGCGGCAGAAACCACCUGACUUGACCACACCUGGUGUCACUGGACUGUGCCACCAGUUGGGGACAGAAAAGUGCUUCUAGGAGGAAUACCAGAUGAAGAGGAUGAGGCCAUCUGGAGAGUAAAUGGCCACCACCACUCCCCCAGAGACAAAGCCAGCCUCAUGACCCUGUUAGACCAGCAGGAGCUGCUCUGUGGUCAGCUUGCCGGAGUCGUCCGCUGCCUAUGGGACCUUUCUGGCACCCCGCCCACACUCAUCCGUCUGCGGAAGCUCAAGUUUGCCAUCAGGGUGGAUGGGGACUAUCUGUGGGCUCUGGGCUGUGGUGUGGAGCUCUCCGAUGUCAGCUGCAGGCAGUUUCUAGAUCAGCUCAUCGGAUUUUUUCAUUUCUACAUGGGCCCUGUCUCCCAGGCCUACAAGAACUGUCCUCAGGGGGAGCUGAGCUUGCAGUGGGAUCUCUUCAUCACUCAAGUCCUCAGGAGCACCAGCGAGUCACACAGGAUCUUCAAUGCCCUGUGGAACCUGGACCACACCAAGGUGGAGCCCCUGCUGCUGCUGAAGGCAGCUCUCAUCUUGCAGACCUGCCAGCGCUCGCCCCACGUCCUUGCUGGCUGCAUCCUCUAUAAAGGACUGAUUGUGAAUUCCCAGCUCCCGCCUUCCCUCACUGCCAAGGUCCUGCUUCAUCAGACUGUACCUGCAGACCAGAGACUGCCUGGAGCAGGGGCUGCCCCACAGGAAGCAGGAGCAGCAUUGCCCCCUAAUGUGCAGAUCACCCCUGUUUUCCUGAGUGAGGAGGAAGUGGCCAGCCUCCAGGAGUUCACAGUAGAGAGUGAAACUAGACUCCAGGGAAGUUCAUCUCAGUACCCUGCCUGGGAUCAGAGCACCUCUACCCUAGCAGAAGAUGCCACAAAGUAUGAGCCAUCUAUGGCUGGGACAUCAGCUGCCGUCCUGGAGCCCACCCCCCAUGAUGAAGCAUGGCUGAACGGCAGUGGGGCAGAUGAACACUUGCCUGGACAUGAGCAGGAACAUUCUGGGACCACAGGACUGGGCCCCACUGCCUGUGGCUGGGGCACUGGCCUCAGCAGCAGGCUGCAAAAGGAGCUGGGUUUCUCCCAAGAGGAACUGGACUUGCCUGAAAUCCACAUUUCUGAGGCUCAGGAAGCCAUCCCAGCUGUGCCUGCCCCAGGUGAUCAGGAAGCAGUCCUCCCCAGCCCCCACGACCCCACACUUCCUGAAGUCACAGCCAUUUGCAGGUGCCUGGACCUUUCCCCUCUUGAGAGGCCUCCUGAGAGCAGAGGGCCAGAAUGGCUCACAGACCCUCCCAUCACCAAUGGUGAAGCCCAAGUUCCUGGCGCAGACCCUCUCCCCAGCAGCAGGCCUGUGGCACUUCCUCUCCAAGAUCCUGUGGGCACAGAGCCCAGUAUGGAGAAAUAUGCGGAUGAAGCCAACUCAGCCCUAGCAUGCAGUCCCCACUCUGCUGACUGUCAGGGCCCCUGGCCCUCUGCAGGCAGCAGUGGCUUCAGGCCAUCCACAGCUGGACUCCACGAAGGCCUCAUGCCCAUGAACCUCUACACUCACAGUGUGAACGGGCUGGUGCUGUCCCUGCUAACGGAGGAGCCUCUUCUCAGAAACGCUGCAGCCAUCGAGGAGGUGUACCACAGCAGCCUGGCAUCGCUGAAUGGGCUAGAAGUCCACCUGAAGGAGACACUGCCCAGAGAUGAGGCUAGCCCCCAAAGCAGCACCUAUAACUUCAUGCAUUACGACCGCAUCCAGAGGGUGCUCUCAGCCAACCUACCUCUGGUGGCUGCUCCCCAGGACCGCCGCUUUCUGCAGGCCGUCAGCCUCAUGCACUCUGACUUUGCCCGGCUGCCCCUGCUGUACGAGAUGACCAUCAGGAACGCCUCCACGGCUGUGUAUGCCUGCUGCAGCCCUGCCCAGGAGACCUACUUCCAGCAGCUGGCGCCCACAGCCCGCAGCUCUGGCUUCCCGAACCCUCAGGAUUGCGCCUUCAGCCUCGCAGGCAAGGCCAGGAGGAAGCUGCUGAAGCACGGGGUAAACCUGCUGUGAACAGAGUGCAGCCUGGGCUGGGCUGCAGCCCUCCACACAGAGUCCCCAGUGCUCAGGGCCGAGCAGGACCUCGCUCCUCAGUGGGUGCUGAAUGGCACCGAAUGGGCUCAGGUGCUGGCCUUUGUAAGCGACUUGAGACUUGAAUAUGCUACAGAGCAGGCUACAAACUCAAGAAUGCAGCUCUGGGAAUCUCAGCUGACAGUCUACUCAUGGUCCCCAUGGUGCUUUGCAACCUUGUGGUGCUGAGUUCCAGUUUAUGAAACAGAUUCCCCAGGGCUCAAAAAUAAAAUGACCAAACUGAGUUCUGAGCAAUUGCCUAGCGACAGAGUGAAGGUUUAUAAAGUUGCUUACGUUAGAGCACAGAGCAUGUGCAUACGCCGACCUACAGACCGAACUCGUCCCGGGUGCCCGGCAGCACCAAUCCCACAGGCCUGCUGUGGGGGGGUUUCUGUGCUAUAUUGUGGAGUCUGUGCAUGGUGAUGGCAUAUGACUUCCUCCCCAUAUGCCCCCACGGGUGCAGAACUCAUGCGUCUGCUGUGUUGGCUGUCUCUCCCCAGGACUGCACAGCCUCGUGCCUGUCUUCAGGGUCAUAAGCUGCAGCGAGCAAGUCUCUUCCUUUCCCUGAGACCCCUCUAGCUACUGGCUGGCCAGAGGCUGGCCUCCCUGCCAGGAGCGUCCUGCUUCCAGCCAGGCACAGGCAUACUGACCUCCAGCUCUGGUCAGUUCUUCCACAAUGAAACUCAUUCCAAGUUUUUUGGCAGUUCUCAAGAGACCUGACGACGAACUUCCAGCCUGUUCUGCCGAGGGGUGCUCCGCACGGCACACUCUCCCGCCUGCUAACCGGUACUCGGUCCUGGCCCUAACCUUGGCCUCAGCCUAUGAUAUGUGGGGACUUGGGACUCAGGAGCACAGAGGUGUCGCAUCUUCCUGCUGUGGCUCUUCUAACUGCCCGUGUUUGAGGAUUCUUCCAGGAAGCUCUUUCAGGGAGUGUCACUGAACCCCGCCUGCCCUUGGGUGGCACGGAGCUGUCUGCAGACCAAGUGCACUCACUCUAAGAACCAGUGCCUUCCCAAACACCACUCGUAACAAGAUGAGGCCUGGCCCAAGCACCCUUCGAUGGGAAGCCCUGACUGUAGGGGCUUAAAAAAAUACCCCCAGGAGUUUUUCUAUAAAUCAGGAACAUAUUCCCUCUU